AUGUCAGCCAACCUACAGACCAAACUAGAAACAUCCCUCAAUGAGGUUCUAAAGACAGCGGGCUUUGUAUUUGAAGUUAUCAAUAAUAACAAGAAGCAGAGUGCCUUGAUAACGGGUCCCAACAAUCAAUUAAUACAGCCAACAAUAAUCAAGCAACUAACAAACCACAUCAAUGAAUUUGAUUCAAUACUAGACGAAACGAUCUUCAAGUUCAACGACGCAAAGUGGUGUAUUGAUACUAUGAUAGAGAACAAGCAAAAGCAAGAGGAGUUGAAGAUCAAAGAGGAACUAGAAAGGCAGAAACGAGAAGCAGAGGCGAAGCGUUUGAAAGAAGAAAUGGAAGCAAAAAAGAAGGCGGAAGAGGAGGCCGCUGCAAAAGCAAAAUUAGAAGCCGAAGCUAGGUCAAAAGCAGAGUCAGAGGCAAAAGCACAGGCUGAGAAAGAAGCCGCUGAAAUGGAACGACAGAGGAAGCAGGAGUUGGAAAAGAAAGAACGCGAAGAGGCGGAGGAGAGACAAAGGAAGGAGGCAGAAGAGAAAGCUCGACAAGAGCAGCAACAUCAGCAAUCCCUGAACCAAGUGCCGGAUCAGUUUGAGAACUUUGAUGAUUUGAUGGACUUUGAUAUGAAUGAUUUGGGACAAGAUGAGAGGGGCAACAUUGACGAUCAGAAUGACUUCUUGUCCUCCAUGAAUUACGAUUCGUUGAACUUGAACAUGCCCUUGGAUGGUGCCAAUAAAGUCGACAAUAGUGUGUUUGAUGACUUCAAUAUUGACGGCUUAGAUACGGGUAAGCAGGACCAGCAAAAUACGGCGACUGACAAUACAGCAAAAGACGCCCAAGGUGACAAAGUCGAAUCAGCACAAAACAAACCGCUUGAGAAUGGAGAUGACAUGGAUUUAGACAUGAAUAAUUUAUUGGGAAACGACGAACUGAUAUUAGACGGCUUGAAUAUGAGCUUACUAGAGGGCGGAUUUGACGGUGGUGACGACACAAACAACACUAACAACGCUCAACUUGGCGACGAGUUUGACGUUGACAAUUUUCUAAAUCAAUUUGGUAAUUAG